UAGAUUGGUAUUUCAAGCCGUAUUUUAGUCUCUACUUCACCUUCGCAAUUCUUCUUAUACGACUACUUUUUUCAUUCAUCAUACCCUCAACACUAUAUUUAACAAAACCUCAAUAUUUGACACACCCUUUGACACAAUGUCAGCACCGGUCCUCUCUUACACAAAGGAGGUUUAUCGUCAAACCUAUAAAGAUAUUGAUCCUACCUUGUCUGGCCUCUCAACUGAGGGCAAAGUUGUUUUGAUUACUGGUGCCUCCGGUGACAUUGGCCGGGCCACAGCCGUGGCUUUUGCGGCCUCGAGACCAAAGGCACUUGUCCUUUUGGGUCGCAGCGAAGAAAAGCUUCAAGAAACCAAGAAGUCUGUCGAAGCUAGCCAGAAAGCUGUAACCCUUAAGCUUUAUACUGCCGACCUGUGUAUUGAUAAAGAUACCUUUGAGAUAUUCGAGGAGGUGAAAAAGACUUUUGGCCGCAUCGACGUCUUGGUUCAUUGUGCUGGUAUCUUACCUACAGUUGUCCCCCUCGCUAAGGCGAAUCCCACCACAUUUAUUGAUGGUUACAAAACUACCAUCGUCGGCACGCUGGUAACGGCACAAGCUUUCCUCAGGGUAAACGAGACAGCCCAAGAAGCCUAUCAAAAGAAGCUGGAGAAUUUCCAGGAGCUCGACACGGCCUUAAAAACGGCCAAGGAGAGCGGCGAGGCCGAGACGGCCCAGCUUGAACAGCUUAAAAAGCAAUGCCAAGAGGCUAAGCAGGCUCUGAGGCACAAAGACAUCACUUUUAUCAAUGUUACCACUGCGGGCAUCGUCUAUCCUCCUUUCCAUGGAAUGGGUGCGUAUGUGAGCAGCAAGAUGGCCGCUGUCAAGCUCCUGGAGUGUUUUGCAGCGGAAAACAAAUGCGUGCGCCUUCACAAUGUGCAUCCUGGGUUUCUCAGAACAGCAAUGUCUGAGAAAUUAUCGAAGACGAUGCAACUACCAUUCAAAUAUGAUGACAUCUCUCUCACAUCCGAUUUCCUUGUCUGGAUCGCUUCGCCCGAAGCAGAGUUUCUUGACGGCAGACUUGUAUUCGCAGCUUGGGACGUUAAGCAACUCAAAGCACGGCAAAAUUUCAUCAUCGGUGAGAAACCAGGAACUGAGGAACUCUGUUUAGGCUUUAAGGGAUUCCCGCGAUACGAGAAUGGGAUCCUGUUGGAUGGACUUGAAGAAGAGUCGGAGGCAGAAAAACAAAUUGAGACGACCUCAUAGGAUGAAGUUCUACCGAGUAUCUACGUACUAUAGAAAGAUUGGAUAAAUAAAUUAACAGAAUGUAUUGUUGCUUAUGACGAAAUUUAUUUACCGUAUGGCGU